AUGACGCAGCGAGGGAAAACCAAACUUGGCCAGGGAAACUCACCGCGGAACGACACACCGCGGCAGCCAGAAAACAACGAGGUAACAGGUCUGGAGGUGGGCACUACCUAUGUGUUCAGAGUGCGUGCAGUCAAUGCUGCAGGAGUGGUUAUGGCCUCAAUGGCCUCUGACCCUGUGACUGCCAAGGCCGUGGCAGGUUCCCAGGAGGUGUCCUGUGUGGUGGAUGAGAAGUCAGGUGACAUUGUUCUGUCAUUCGAGUCCUGCCAGAUAAACGAAGGCUCCAAGUUCAUCUGGAAGAAAGAUUAUAAAGAAAUCACAGAUUUCUCUAAAGGGGUAGUGAUUAAAUCUGAGGGCACCCACUCUAAGCUGAUCUUCAAGAACCCAGAUAAGGAAGACUUUGGGACGUAUUCUGUUUCUGUCACAAACACAGAGGGAGUGUCAUCCAGCUACACAAUCUCUAAUGAAGAGUUGCCCAACAAGAUGGGUCAUGACGUCGCUACAGGGAUCAUUGAGUUCAUCAUGGAUCAUUUCACUGAGGAGAAUGAGGGGACAUAUACCUGCCAGAUCACAGAUGGAGGAGGAAAGGCACAGAGCUCACUGGUUCUGAUUGGAAAUGGAUUUCCAGAGGAGAGAGAGUACAUCAGAGUCAAAGAGGGCCCCCACUUUAGUGAGUUUCUAUCACUUCAGAUUGGGGAUGACUGCUCUGUCACUUUGGUCUGCAAGGUUGCUAACUUGAAGAAGGAAUCAGUGUUUCACUGGUUUAGAGAAGACACGGAGAUCAUCCCGGAUGUAAAACCUGACCUGGGAUCAGGAGUCUGUAAACUGCCAAUUAAAGAGUUUUCAAUGAAGACAGCAGGAAUUUACAAAGCCACCAUCAGCGAUGACAGAGGAAAAGAUAUGAGCCAAAUAAACAUUUCUGGAAAAGUCUUUGACGAUGCCAUAAACAAGCUCAGCCAACUGGCUGGAGCCAGUGCAGCAGAGCUUGUGAUAAACUGCACAGCAACAGGCAUUCAGCUGCAGUGUCACAUGAAGUAUUACACCUUAGAGAUGAACAUCACCUGGUAUAAUGGUUGGAAGCAAGAGGUCGGCAUGACAUUAGCGAGGCAUGUAAACAUGAUUUUCAUUUACCUGACUCGCUCAAAAAUAACCCCCCACCACACAAACACACACACUAACCUCUCUUUUCUUCUCCUCGGUGAGACUAAACUCUCCCACAGUGACAAGAUUGUGAUUGGUGGAACCCCGACUAUGGCAACAAUGGAGGUAGUUGAACCAGUGGAGAAGGACAAGGGCAAGUACUCCAUUGUGAUCACUGACCCUGAAAACUCACAUAAACGCACACUGGACCUCAGCGGUGAUGGGCUGAGGCAUACGCUGAGAAGAGUGGUGGGAGGACUGCCUGAUGUGGUCACCAUUAUGGAAAAGAAGACUUUGAGUUUAACAUGUACAGUGUGUGGAGACCCCAAACCUCAGGUGUCAUGGCUGAAGAACGGAUCAGAAGUCGAGCCUGAUGAUCAGUAUGUGGUCUCCCUGGACCAGGGCAAGUUUGCCAGUCUGACGAUCAAAGGCGUUUCCAUGGAGGAUUCUGGCAGAUAUACCAUGAUUGUCCAGAAUAAAUAUGGAGGAGAGUCUGUGGAUAUAGUGGUCAGUGUGUAUCGCCAUGGGGAGAAAAUCCCUGAGGCAAAACCAACUCUGACCCCUAAAACAAUCAUCCCACCUAAAUUACCAAUCGAGAUCCCUCAGCCUAAGACCCAGCCUGCUCCGAGCGCUGCCCCUUCAACUCCUAGCCCUGCCGCUCCUAAGGCAGCACUGGGAAGAGGGGUGAAGAGUCCUACUCCAAGUCGGAGGAAGUGAAAAGCAAGGCAGAAGAAACACAAUCACUGGUGCACAAUUAGACCACACAUAGCUGAGAAGCCUUUAUUGGUGUUCUCUAUCUGGAUUGAAAUGGAGCUAAUACUCUUUCCAUUAAAUUAGAGCGUCAAGAAAACCCUGACAUAUGAAAUAAAUCUUGCAAUUGUGAUGGAAAGCAAAAAAUAAUUUCAAUGUGAAAUCAUUGUAUAAAAUCAGCAAAAUUAUACUAGAAUAAUAAAAAGCUAGGCACUAUCUAAACAUGAGGAAAUUAGAAAUUAAUUGAAAUGAACUUGAAUAAAGCUACAAAUUGAAUAAAACUUGAAGAAAGAGUGAAAUGUGUUUUAAAUUCAUUCUUGAAGUGCACAAAUGACACCGCAUGCAGUAUAAUCAAAUAUUAAAUGGCUUGCAAAUUACAGGAACAUUGCCCAAAGUUAACUGACUUGAAGCUUCGAUGCACCUUGGCAUUGUGGAACAAUAUUUCGUAUUUAUCAUAGUUAGGGGGAGUUUAACAUGUUAGUCAAAACAAAAUUGGGUUAAAGUCUAGUAAGUACAAAUCCCAAAGGAGACCAGUAAACAUUAAUUUCAAAUCAAAUCAAAUCACUUUUAUUGUCACAUCACAUGUGCAGGUACACUGGUACAGUACAUGCGAGUGAAAUUCUUGUGUGCGAGCUUCACAAGCAACAGAGUUGUGCAAAAUACAAUAACGUAAAACAAGCAAAAUAUAAAAAUGGCUAAUCUAAAAAGUAAUAAAUAUAUGUACAAUAUGUAAAGGUAUAUACAUUACUGAAUGUGUAUACUAAAUAUGUUUUUCUACAUGUGUGUGUUUGAGUGUGUAUAUAGUGUGUAUAUACAUGUA